CCAACCCCACCCCUCCCUCCAACUCAAAAAGAUCCGCUUGGAAAAAUUGCUACAACAACUCAAAAACAAAACAGAAAAACAAGAUUGACACUUAAAAGAAACAUAAACAAAGCAAAUAAACCCACCCACCAAGGCACCAACUGUUUGUUUCUCGAAAAUCCGCAAGAGAGGAAAAAAAUUAAAAAGGAAAGAAAGGUUAAGUCUUGUUUUGGCCUUUGGGAGCCGGUGGGCAUGGAUUCGCAGGUGCCCAGCGACCGGAAUGAGCCGUGGACGAACGAGAAGCAUGUGCACUUCUUGAACUCCGUGGAGGCAUGGUUCGUCCAUACAAUGCUAGAGAACGACGGCCGCCAUAAUCUCCGUCUGGACCGUCACUUGCCAGACAGCUCUGAGUCGACUCUCGAUUGCAAACAGAACCAGACGAGAAAAAAGCAUGCCACUUCAGUAGAUUUUAUUGGCGUAACUAGAAGCAAAAUGAAGGGUAGGCCUGACAAAAGAUCAAGGAGACCACCAUCUAAGCCGCAGGAUUCAUCACAAGAUCAGGUGGUCCCACAGAUUGACAACCGAACAGGAGAUAAAGAUGAGGAACAGCUCCCCAAUGAACCAGUUGCAUCCGUGGCAGCAGCAAACUGAUGGAAAGAUUAUUCUUGUUGUAGGACUUUUUUUUCUUUUCUUUCUUUGCUUUUUAGAGUAGUUGGUUUUGUAGUAGAAUAGCAGCGGAAUGAUUUGUGAGUGUGAGCUAUGGUGAAAUAUGGCUGAAUCAUUCUGCCUUGCUACUGGGUAUCUGUCCUUUCAGCACCAGAACAAUAUUUGUACUAGUACUUCAGUGUCCAGGAUUAUGACAAUGCUCUUGAUUUUUCACUUGGCUAUAGAGUGCCCUAUAGUCAUGUAUUUCGGCUGA